ACAUCCCGGGCGCCGGCGGCGCUAUGCGCACUUCCUGUUGGGAGCCGCCCGGGACGCUCUCGCCGUGCAGCGGCCCGACCCCACCGGCACGAUGUCAGCCAGCGCCCCUGGAAGCUCAAAUGUGGCUGCUGGCAGUAAUCGUCGUCUUCAGCAGACUCAGAACCAAGUGGAUGAGGUGGUUGACAUCAUGAGAGUGAAUGUGGACAAGGUAUUGGAGCGAGAUCAGAAGCUGUCGGAGCUGGAUGACCGUGCUGAUGCGCUGCAAGCGGGAGCUUCCCAGUUUGAGACCAGUGCAGCCAAGCUGAAAAGAAAGUAUUGGUGGAAGAACUGUAAGAUGUGGGCAAUAUUGAUAGCUGUUGUUCUCAUUAUCAUCAUCAUCAUCAUCAUUGUUGCUUCUUCCUAGAGGAAUCCUCGCUGGUGUGGCAGUUCCAAGUGCACUGCUGUAGUAGGCUGGAGUGUGUCAUCAUGAGUAAUGGGAAGAAACUCAACAGAAGAUGCCUGUCUCCAGCCUCUCCACUUCAAACCUGCUGUAUUUUCAGCCCAGUUACUGCUGUUUAAAGCAAGCCUGUUUUGAUUACUGAAAUGUUAGCUAGCUUUACCUGGUUGCCUUAAGACACUCCUGUCACAAAUUACUAACAAGCACAGCCUGCCACUUCCACAGUGCCUUGAGAGGGGGACACAGAGCUGGUGAGGAGGACUGGGCCUCAGAAUUCCCACGGUGGGUGCUGUAACGGGUCACUGUCUUGGUAGAUGGUUUUGGGGUUUACCCUCCCUCCUCCUCACCUGCCUGCCCCUCCUCCUCGGUGCCGGGGGUGGGGGGCACCGACCCGUGCCUUGCUGGGAGUGCCCCCGCUCCGGGCUCUCCCCCGUCGGCCCUAAGGGAGCAGCGGGUUCCCCUCCCCCACGGCCCGCUCCACCCGCCGGGCGGGGGCGGCUCCGCACGUGGCGGCGGGGCGGGCGGGCGCGGGGACUGCGUGCGGUGGCGCGUGAGGGGCGGGGCGGUGGCUCCUCUCCCCGCCCCGCCGCGCGCCUUCUCUCCAAUAAACCGUUUCCGAUCUGG